AUGGCUGCCUUGAAUCAUCAAUCAGCAAAGCGAGCUAUCGACGAAUCCAAGAGCCAUACCGCCACUCCUCGCUCAUCCACACCUCCCCGCUCAGAUCGCGCCCGUUUAGAGCCCAGACAUAGCCUUGAUAACGCACCAAGCCGUGCUCUCCGCAGCAACGCAAGAAAAAGCGAAGGCGCCCGCGCGAGUCCUUUCGACAUCGAUGCCGUCGACAGUGCGCUGCUCCGAGAGUUUCAACGUCCGCAACGUGAGAGCACUCCAGGUGCUAGCCCUCAUCGUAAGCGGCAGCGAAUAAAUGGCGAUCGAUUCAUUCCGACCCGCUCUGGCCAGGACCUGCAGGCAAGCUUCAGUCUAUUGCAUGAGGAUGGAUCUCCUGCCACACCAUCAAAACAAAAGAAACGUACACCACAUGGCGAACUCCAUUUUCAGAAGACGGAAGAAGCAAACCGGACCUUCUCCCACCUGCUACGUGCUGAGCUCUUCGAGAGCUCUGUACCACAAGCAGCUACCCCAACCCUCACCCCAACUCAAACCCUUCCUACAAGCUCUCAUAUUCCCGCGAAUGAUGGCACGCGGGCUCAUACCCCUCCCACAAAUGCGACAGCUCCAUCACUGCCAUCAUCAUUAACACCGUCAACUCCUCACAAGAAUCUCUUCUCCUAUAUGUCACCUCGACAUCACAACCAGGUCGCAGGGCAUCCCACACCCUCAAAAACACCGCAAAGCCGACAUGGCCCCAACCUCGAUACUCGGGCUGAGAUCUACAGCUUAUCGCCAGUGCGAUUUGGAAGUCAACAGAUGCUACUAAGUCCCAGACGCCAACCCAGAGCUGUCAGUAAGGUUCCUUACAAGGUUCUCGAUGCUCCCGAACUCGCCGAUGACUUUUACCUUAACCUGGUUGACUGGGGGAGUGCCAACAUUCUUGGAGUUGGCCUGGGCUCCAGUGUGUACAUGUGGAAUGCACAAACUAGCAAAGUCAACAAGCUCUGCACACUCGAUGAUGACACUGUCACAAGCGUUUCGUGGAUUCAAAAAGGCACGCACCUUGCUAUAGGAACGGGCAAAGGCCUCGUACAAAUCUGGGACGCGGAAAAGGCCCGCAGGCUACGAACAAUGACCGGACACACAGCGAGAGUAGGGUCCCUAGCUUGGAAUACGCACAUUCUCACAUCUGGAUCACGCGAUCGAUUGAUCUAUCACCGUGACGUACGGGCCCCGGAUCAGUGGCUGAGGAAACUGGUCGGCCAUAAACAGGAGGUCUGUGGACUCAAAUGGAAUUGCGAAGACGGUCAACUAGCGAGUGGUGGCAAUGACAACAAGCUCAUGGUCUGGGAUAAGCUCUCGGAGACACCGCUUUGGAAGUUCUCAGAUCACACCGCAGCCGUCAAAGCAAUAUCGUGGUCGCCCCAUCAACGCGGCCUUCUGGCCUCAGGAGGUGGCACUGCGGACCGUCGCAUAAUAUUCCAUGACACCGUCAAGGGCUCAGUCAUCAACGAGAUCGAUACUGGCAGUCAGGUUUGCAAUAUUGCUUGGUCGAAAAACUCGAAUGAGAUCGUAUCCACGCAUGGAUACAGCCAAAAUCAGAUUGUUGUUUGGAAGUAUCCUUCUAUGACCCAGGUGGCCAGUCUUACAGGCCAUACCUAUCGUGUGCUUUACUUGGCUAUGAGCCCAGAUGGCCGAACAAUCGUGACUGGCGCUGGAGAUGAGACCUUGAGGUUCUGGUCCACCUUCGGCCGCAGACCUGGGACUCGAGAAGACGGAGAUAAUGGAGGUCGGCUCGCCGACUUGGCCGUUAUUCGCUAA